UUAAAUAUGGUAGUUGCCCGUUCUCCCUCUGCAGCAGCUGCGGCUUCCAUGGCCGAUAGUUUAUUUGAACGAUUUGAAGUUGAAUUUGAUGCUGGCACACAUCCUGUUUUUCAUGGUGGAGAGUUAAUCACCGGCUCUUUAAAAAUACAACUUAAAAAAGAGGUCACGAUUAACGCCAUUCGUAUACAAUUUCGUGGAAGGGCUGUUUAUCUUGAUCCGAAGCAUCCUACUAAGGAGGCUGCAGAAAAAGUCUAUUUUGACAAAAACUUUAUACUCUUGGAACGGCCACCGGGGCAUCCCGAGCCCGGACAUUUCCCUUGGAGUGCAAAUUUUUUGUAUUCUCUGCCUUUUGAAUGUCCUUUACCAAAGGGAUGUGAAACAAGCUAUGAGGGACCUCAUGGUUUUAUUCGUUAUUAUGCUAGAGCUAUUUUGGAGACAGCUGAGCCGGAUAAGGCCAAAUAUAUAGUCAAGCAAUGCUUCUCAAUUAUUUCCUCACCAGAACUUCAUCAAUUAGUGCCUCCAAUUUCCGAUCCAAUAUCCGAAAAGAAAACGGUCAGAUUCGGUAGUUGUUGUUGUAGAGGGAAGAUGACUGCUGAAAUCCUUUUGCCAAAAAGUUCAUAUGCACCCGGAGAGGAUGUUAUUGGCAAUUUUACAAUGGAUUCUUCUACAGCCAAAAAUGCUCUUGAACAUAUCGAAGUCCGCCUCAUUGAUCGCCUACAACGUAUUACCUCAGAUUUGGAGCCUAUCAAAGAGGCUACCCCAACAGUAACUGAGCCAGUUAAUGGAGUUGAAGCAAAAACAGGAAAAAAGUUGAAGAACAAGCAAAAACAGAAAAAUGGAACAAACGAUAAUUCUGCUAAUAAAGCUGAUGAUCAACAACAAAAGGAAGAAACAAAAAAACAAAAGAAAUCCAAUUCAAUACCAACAACAAAACCCUCUCCAUCAACAACAAAUUCAUUUGAAAGACACCGAGUUGUCUUUGGAAGAAGAUUAGUUAAGGAAGAUUUUAAGGGGGAAACAACACCUGAACGAAGAAAUAGUGGGGAAAAUAAAAAUGUUAUUACAAAAACUAAUGUUCAUUUUUUGCGAAUACCUGCAAUUAUUUCUACAACACAACUAAAUGAUCAACAACAACAACAAUCAGCUUCACAAUUUGACGAACUUGUAGACGGUGUCGAUGCAGAAAAUGGGCAAUUCCAUCGGUUGUUAGAGUCACCUUCUACAGCCACUCUCAGAGCGCGUAGAGAACCUUUUCUACGUGUAGAUUAUGCAUUACAGAUCCCUUUAUAUUCCUCGACCGGGUGGUGGCAUGGUAAUUGUUUAAGCAAUAUCCACAAUUUAAGAUACCGUAUUUUUUCGAUUAAUUCUCCUUGGGAAUUAAUUUUUCAACCCAUCCUUGGGAUGGAAGAUUAUUUCAAGGGUAUUGGCUUCCAACCCUUUGCUGGAGGUGCACAAUCCGUUGCCGAAUCAGACGAAUCCUCUUAUAUACCUUACAAAGGCCCUUUCACCUUCGCUCCUUUAUAUCCCGUUUACCUCGAGCCCCCCAAAAAUCUUAUAGUAGCAGAAGAAACAAUAUUAACCCCAAUUUCUGAACCAGCUAUUAAAACAACCACAAAUGUAAAAUCACAACAUCCAAAGCAGUCUAUUAAUGGAGGGAUAAAAAGAGAAGAAUUACAACAACAACCUUUCAUAGUUGUUACCUCAACAUCAACAACUAAAGAGGAAAACACAAAAAAGACAAUUACAACAUUUCCGGAAACAACUACUACCACAACAACAAUAACAGAGGAAAGAACAAUAACAAAAGAAGAGGGAGAAAAUAAAAUAAUUACAGAAGAAAUAUUUUCCGGAAAAAAUAAUUUUCCGGAAGUUUUAGAAUUAAAUAAAGGAGAAAGCGAAAUAAAAGAAAAACCGUUAGAAAAAAUUAUUAUUAAAGAGGAAAAGCCUGAAACAAUAAUUAUUGAGGAACAGGAACAAUUACCUAAUGGGGGCACUAAAACUACAAAAAUUGAAGAAACGAGCUUGCAACAAAAUGGGGAUGAAUCUGAUGAAGUAUUGCGUAAAAGUGUUGUGGAAACAGAAGCUUACGAAAUAAAUAAUGAUGACGGUUCAACAGUAAGUGUGCAAAAAACAACAACUACAACAACUGAAUUAACGACAACAACCCCAACUGUUGUUAUCAAUGGAGAACAUUAUAAUGAUAUAAACAACGAUCAACAAAACGUGGUUGAUGAACAAGAAAACAAAAAUACUAAAAACAAAGAGAAUAACAGUAAUGGAAUACUUGACAAUCAACAGAUGGAUGUUUCUAUGAGUGGAUGAUAAAUAAAUUUAUUUUGGAUUUUUUAAAGCGAGAAUAUGCCUAAAUUUAGGACAACAAUAUUUUAUAAGAAUAUAUUCAAUCAUUUUAUGAAAUACGAAAAAAAUACAGUCGAAACUUGAUCCUCAGAAUUAACUUUUUGGACACAAAAUUAUUUUUAUUAUUAUUUAAUGCCCAAUUACAUACUUGGGAACAGUGCUGGGUAUUGCUCCGGGAUCUAGCUUCACUUCCAACGGAGCGAGCUGAGAUUUUAAAAGCCUGGAGCUGGAGCAACAAAUGUCAAUACCCAGCAUUUCUUAGGAACAUAGCUUCUUCGUCCACCGAUUUUUGUCCACGAUUUUCGACGAUUAUUUUUUUUCCGGGAAAUAUAUACAUA